AUGAAGCAGAAGAAAAAAAAAAAUACGACUCAAGAAAAAAAAAACAAAGAAGAAGAACAAGAACAAGAACAAAAUGAAAAGGCAGAAAAUAAAAUCGAAGAUAUUAAAAACAAAGAAGAUGAUGAAAUAACAACAGAAAUAAAUAAAUAUAACAAACAAAAAAUAAACAUGAUUGAACAAAAUAAGGAUGACGCAAAAAAAAACUUAAGUAAUUUAUUGAGCUUAUAUAAUUCUAGCGAAGAUGAAGCAGAAGAACAAGUAAAUAAUGAAUAUAAUGAUCAAAAGGAAAAAGGAAAGAGAAAUUCAAAAAAUAAUCAACAGGAUGAUCAAACAUGUGAUGAUAAAAUAUGUGAUGAUAAAAUAUGUGAUGAUAAAAUAUGUGAUGAUAAAAUAUGUGAUGAUAAAAUAUGUGAUGAUAAAAUAUGUGAUGAUAAAAUAUGUGACGAUAAAAUAUGUGACGAUAAAAUAUGUGAUGAUAAAAUAUGUGAUGAUAAAAUAUGUGAUGAUAAAAUAUGUGAUGAUAAAAUAUGUGAUGAUAAUAAUAAUGAAGAUACAUAUCAAAAUAAUGAAUCAAACUCCAUUAUAAAAAACAAGAAGAAUAUAAAAGAUAAACAAAUUGGUUGUAAACAAAAUACAUCUUAUAAUAUAUGUACAACAAAUAAUAUAAAUAAUGAGAUUCAUAAAUAUCCGCAGAAACAAUACAAUCAUAUAUAUACCAACCAAUCUAAUAUUAGUCAUAAUAUACAUAAUACUUAUUACUCACAAAAUGCAUAUCAAAAUGAGAACUAUUAUUAUCAAUAUUUAAAUUACCCUCAUGUAGCUAAUUUUAAUAUGAUGAUGAAUACUACAAAUCCUGUAUUAUAUAAUAAUAAUAAUAAUAAUAAUAAUAUAUAUGAUAAAUCAAAAAAAAAUAAUUUUAAUAAUUUAGGAUUUUCUAAAAAUAAAGAAAUGAAUAUAGAUAUUAAUAAAAUCCCUGUUGUUGAUCAGAGAGAAAUUUUGAGAGAAUGGAAACCAAAUAUAAUAAAAGAAGAAAAGAAAAGUCAAAAAUAUACAAUAAAAACAAAGGUAUAUAAUCCGGUUAAUAAUACUUUUGAUAAAGCCAUAAUUCAUGGGAAAAAUCAAAAAAGAAAACAUCAAAUUAAUUGGCUAGCCAAGGAAGCAGUCGAAAAGGAAUAUGAAAUUUUGCAAAAGACAAACAAUAAUAAAAGAAGAACUACUAGUGAUAAAUAUGGAUGGUAA